AUGAAGGAGGUGACAGAGGAGGGAUUGGAGCAGCUCAUAUGGAAUUAUGAGAAGGUAAUGGAGACGACCUUUCUUUUUUCAACCCCACCGCGUUGUCGCGCCCUGAUCAUCAUGGGAUCACCGACUGAUCAAGCGCACUGCGAGAAAAUCGCAAUGGGAUGUCGAUCGCUCGGAAUCACGCCCAUUCUUCGUGUCAGCUCCGCCCACAAGGUAACUCCGCCCAUAGAGUAUUCUGAUUGGUUGGCUCAUCUAACGCUGUUGAAGACAACAUGUGAAACGCUGGACAUCGUCGCAGAAUAUGAUGACGAUGAGACUCCCACAAUAAUCAUCGCCGUUGCAGGACGAUCAAACGGCUUGGGACCGGUGCUUGCUGGGAAUUUCACUUUGCCUGUAAUCAACUGCCCACCUUUAACCGAUGACAAUAUGACGAACGAUAUCUGGUCAUCAUUGAGAAUGCCUUCCGGAUUGGGAUGUUCAACUGUUCUUGGAGCAGAUGAAGCGGCCUUAUGUGCUGCUAAGCAAAUGGCUCGGUAUGAUCACAUGGUAUUCGGCAGGAUCCUUGCAAUGCAGCUGAACAAUGCUAUUAAACUUUUGGUGAGUGAAGCAUGA